CUCCUCACUUCUCAGUACACUCACUUUCCAGCACUUCACUUGACCCUCCUCACUCUUCACUGCCAUUACACAAUCUUCUCCAACACAUUCUUCCAAGAAAACACAAAAAAAUGGCAUCAUCAGAUGCUCCACCGUUCUUCAUCCUUGGCCCCCUCAUCUUCUUCCUCCUCCUCCAGUUUUCCUCCAUCGCUCUCUCCGCCUCCCUCCACCCUCCCGCCACCAUCUCGCCCACUAAAGCUCCUACUGCACCCAGCCCUUCCACUUCCCUCCACCCUCCCACCACCAUCUCUCCAACUAAAGCUCCCACUGCACCCCGCCCUUCCACCUCCCCAACCCCAGCAUCCUCCCCAACCCCAGCAAAACCCACACCUUCCACUCCAACUCCCACCUCCGCCUCUUUACUGGACCCAAAACAAGUAAGAGCCCUCCAAUCCCUCAACAUCCCAACUGGCAAAAACCCCUGUUCUCCCCUCCACAACUCCACCAUGAUUUGCGAUUCCUCCAAGCCCUUUAGGCACCUCGUUUCUCUCACCUUAGCCAAUUGCUCAGAUGAUGUUGCUCUGUCUCUUACAGCUCUGAAAACCCUCUCAACUUUAACUUCUUUUAAGUUUAUUGACUGCCCCAUUUCUCCCAUUCGCUUCCCCUCUGAGCUCACCUCAAAUCUUCACUCUUUCACAUGCAUCAAUAGCCUCAAGAAACUCACUGGAGUUUGGCUAAGUAGGUUACUAAAUGUAACUGAUUUAACUGUUUCCCAUGUGACUGUUAUUGCUAGUGGCCCUGCUAUAAUCCUUGGCAGCAUGAAAAACUUGCGUUCUGUUACAAUUUCACACACAAAUCUCACUGGAUUUCUCCAAAAACAUUGGCAUCCGAAUCUCACGCAUUUAGAUUUGUCUGGCAAUCAGCUAAAAGGGAAAAUACCCUCUUCCUUAAAUGUUAUGGAGAAUCUUUUGGUCCUGAAUUUGUCAUCCAAUUCGCUUGAUGGAGAAAUCCCUCCUGGUAUUGGGGACUUGACUUCGCUGCAGAAUCUGUCGUUGGCCUCAAAUUCACUAUCAGGGUCGAUCCCGGAUUCGAUAGCAGCAAUGCCGGACUUGGUCCAUCUUGAUCUGGGGUCUAACCAGCUAAAUGGAACAGUUCCCAAGUUCGUUUCCGACCUGAAGAAGUUGAAGUACUUGAAUCUUGAGAAUAACAGUUUUCAUGGGGUUUUGCCUUUUAAUGCUUCUUUCCUGAAGAAAUUGGAGGUUUUCAAGAUUGGUAGCAAUGAUAAUUUAUGUUAUAAUCAUUCAAGUUUUGCUGUGAAAGUGAAGAUGGGGAUUGCUCCUUGUGAUAAACAUGGAUUGCCUAUGUCCCCUCCUCCAGCUAAGGAUUCAUCUCUAGAAAGUUCAAGUGAUAGCUCUGAUGAUAAUGACAAUAGUGGUGAUAAUGCCAGCCCCAACCGGGACCAUCAUGGUGGCACUAGUAAGGAAGAGCUUUACUGCACUUUUUGUACCUAUUUGUGGCAAAUCUUGAUUGUCUUUUACAUGGAUAUGAGGGAAAAGAUGAUACUAUUGCUCCACAAGUAUUGCAGGAGGAAUUCAAAGGAAACAUAUGCGCUGUGAAUUCUAAUGUAUAACAUCAGAGAAAGGAAAAUCAAGUCCCAGAACUAGGCAUAUCCCCUGCUGCUGCUGAUAAUGUUAGAUUUAGCUUUUUCAUUAUCACGACUCACUAAUAUGAUCUUGCUCAUCCUGACUCCUAACAGGAAAUUUGCAAAUCAAUUUUCUAUGAUCUGCUAGCUAAACUAAAGCUGCUGAUGCCAUUAAUUUCGAUACCAUCACCCUAUUUUGUUAUCUCUGCAGUACGAGGACACGUUCUGCUGAGAUUUCUGACAUUGUAUAUGGCUUAUAUAUAUAUAUUCCAGUUUCCGUGUCA